AUGGGAGAAACUGUGGAAGUUCAGAAGGAAACAGGUGGUGCUUUUUGCUUUGCUAAUCCUGAAGUGGUGACUGGACAGUUUGAAAUUCAAGAACCAGCGAAAAAAGACGUGCGGGAAAGACCAUGCAAGGAAGUAGCGAAGGUUCCUACUAACAAGUACUCUUUCAAUCCGAAGUCUGAUCCACCGGAAUCAGUGAAGAGACUCGCCUCAUUUAGAGAGACAGGAAAGGAGCUGAGGACUCUUAGUAAAGCUUUAGCUCAGUCAAGGCAUCAUGUCAAUGCUGUGAAGAAAGGUGGAGCAUACUUCCAUAUACUUCACCAAGAAUCACUGGAGAGGAAGAACAUACUGAACGAACAGCAGGCUCAGGGAAUGAGAUGGGGAACUGAUUUCCAGCCACCCACAUAUUUCUCGGAUCCAGAGGAGUCAGAGGAAGAAAUAAGCACUUGUUCUCUAACAGAAGGCAACCACUUGAAGAAGUCAGGGAAGAAGAAAAAAAAGAUGACCUUACGGUCUUUCACUCCUGCUUAUACCAGUGUCCUGAUUCCAAGACCCCCUGAAGCAAAAAGUGAACAUCUUUUCCGACAACUGUGUGCCAUACACUGGCUUUUGGAAGCUUUGACCCUUGAAUCCAACAGUUCGAUGCAUUCCAUAUUAACCUGCUGGAAUCCAAUGGACCCUGGUGGCUGUAAAAAAACAGUGAAAGAAAUGGAAGAGGAAAAGUUGGUAGCAUUCAUGUGGGAGCUCUUUGUUACAAAUACAAAGAAAUACAUGCGGAAAGCAUGACACUGUCCACUUAGCAGGAAGACAAACAAGAUAUCUACUCCAGUCAUCUCUCAGCUUAGUAGUCAGUCUUCUCAUGGUCAAACCCCUCAUGGUAGUGUAAAUUCCCUUGUGCUUUGCUCUGAAGACAAUGUCAACGUGAAUGGAGGUUUGUCUGAUGUUAUGAGUGAGUCAGUGCAAACUAAAGAACAACAUCAUCUUUUUCCCUCCCUGCAGAAGCUGAUCCAGAUACCACAUGGCGACGUGUCAAAAGAUGUCCCUGAACAAGAAGAUAUGGUUGAGAAGACUGGACUGCAGAGCUGCCAUAUCAGCUCUUUCAUUAAAAGAAAAUCUAAUUUGCGGGCUGAUACGAGGCAAAAGUUUGCAGAAAUACUUGAAAAAGCAGCUUGUUGUUUACAUGACACCCUAGAGAGCCUUGAGAGGAGCCAGGAAGAGCGAUGCUCUCAAAAAUACCAAGCUUUGAAACGAUUGAAGUAUUUUAAAAAAGACAUGGAAAGACUAGGACAGCUGGACAUGAGAGCUGAAAGAGAACAUGUUGAAGAUGAAAUAAAAUGGUUUCCUGUAUUGCUGGCCAGACUCCCAGAGUCUGUGAAGAAUGACCAUUACGUGAAGAAAAUCUUAAAGAAACUGGAAAAAUUUGGCAUGACUCCUGAUUUAAAAAUUCAUCAUGACACCUUUCUUAAGGCUUUGACUGAUCUACAGGUGUGGGAGCUGUGUUCUCCAGAAAUUGCUGCAGCUGUGGAGUUUGUACGUGAAAGUAUUGUGCAGAUGCCAGAAGAGGAUUUCAGUGAGUGGUUUCGGACAAGAGUAGCCCCUCUCAGUGCACGGGCCUCUACCUUUUAAUCAAAUGGCCAGAUGAGUGUGUUUUCCAGCUACAACUGUCUGGAUUCAAGCAGAAAACCUACUGUCUGUUGAGAUUUGCCUCAAGGAAGGCUGCGGAAUUAAUUAACUUCAGGAAGUCCUAUUGACCACUCUUGCACGCCCUGUACAGUGCUCUGCUGGCCGUGGUCAGCCACAGAAAAUAAAAGCUCAACGCUGUUGCUCCUUCA